GACUGGAAGGCGUCCAUGAUGUCUGCACAGGUAUAAGAGUGCCACACAACAGGAAAACAGUCAGGACACCUGCACACACAGGAUUCCUUACAACUUGCUCUUAAAUUUCAGUUUCAAGAAACGGAUAUUCUCAUUGCAUCUUAUCCGAAGUCAGGUACCACAUGGAUGCAGGAAAUUGUGACUCUUAUAUCCAGUAGAGGUGAUCCACACUUGUCCCAGACUGUCCCAAACUGGACACGAGCCCCCUGGUUGGAGCAAUACUACAGUGCUGCUGUGAUGAAGGUCCCAUCCACCACACCCAGAUUCAUCACCACACACCUGCCUCACCACCUGCUGGGCCCUGCUCUCCAGCGCUCCAAGGCCAAGGUCAUUUAUGUGAGCAGAAACCCAAAAGAUGUCGCGGUGUCCUUUUAUCAUUUCCACAAAAUGGCCAAGUUCCUCCCUGAAGUUGACUCAUUUCCAGAGUUUUUAACCCGAUUCCUGAAUGGCACAUUGCACUUUGGCUCCUGGUUUGAUCAUGUCAAAGGCUGGACCAGUCAGACAGUCACUCUCAACCUGCUUCACAUCACCUAUGAAGAGAUGUCAAUGGACCUGCAUGGCACCAUAAAGAGGGUGAGCUCUUUCCUGCAGUGUCCUCUGUUGGAAGACGAACUUCACAACAGUGUGAAACACUGCAGCUUCAGCAGCAUGAAAGACAACCAGAUGAUCAACUACACCCUCAUCCCCGAUGAGAUAAUGGAUCACAGCAAGGGCUACUUCAUGCGGAAAGGCCAGAUUGGAGACUGGAAAAACAUGUUCACAGAGGAACAGAAUCAGUACUUUGAAAGCAUCUUCAGCUCCAAGAUGCAGGACUGCGCUCUGGAGUUUGUUUGGGAGAAGCAGGAUUAAAGAGGACUCGCACACCUAACAACAAAGCCUACAGAAGAAAACAGAACUGUCAAAAUGAAAUAAAAAAUCAUGUUGCAUGCUCUCAGAGGAUGAUGAUGACACUGUUUUUUAUCCUACUGAUUAACCAUGUAAUAUUAUAGUAAACACUGUGUACAAUUUUAAUACUCUGCUUUUGCAUUGUUACAUAAAGUCCAUACAUGCAUCUCUGCAUGUGGCAUUGGUUUUGAUACUUUCAAUAUUUUUGGCAAAUACAUUUCAGAACAAUUAAAUCCUCUC